GUUGGUAAUGCCAGUGUUCCCGUCGCCAUGUAUUUCACUCAGGGCCUAAGAUUCUUCCGAAGUGUGGUUUCUUUCCAUCGACUUUUGAACUUUGGAAUGCGCUUCCUGCAGAUUAAAAUGCACUCUGAAAACUGGGUUGUAGAGGAAACAUGAGGAAGAUAAUUAGUAUUCCACGGGAAAAGUUAAGGGACCAUGCAAGGGGGUAGAGGGUUGCAGUGCCCCGGUUCCCAGUCGAUUGGCAGUACUGAUUACCGUGAAUUCUUUUGGUUCCACCAGCGCUGCAGGACUCCAAGUGCACCUCAAAACUUUGGAACUGGUGCCCUUUUGAGAAAAAGCUGGAGGUGAGCAUCAUGGAGCCCUUGCAUCUAUGUCAAUGAUGCCCGAUGCCCUGCCACCUCCACUGGCCAAAAAACAUCAUCCUACCAUUUUUGUUCAAUGGCUGUUUGCGGGCCAGGAAAUAGGUUUGUUGAUGACACCACCAUGAUCCUCAUGCAGGGCCCUGAUGAAUGAUUCAUGGUGGUCUCUCAACCUGCAACCAAAUGAUGUCUAAGCAAGACUAGCAAGACUCUGUAAGUUAGCAGACAUUCCGAGAGUGAGUGGGGUCACCACACUUCCAGACACUCCAUGACGCUGCUGCACUUGCAUACAUUGAGCGUGGUUGGUACAGCCAUCGUUCGUCCAGUCCCAUUGGUGUGGGGCUCACGGGCUCACGGGCACUGUCCCGAGGCCCUUUGCUUCGCUGCGCUUCGGAAUCUUUGCGGCCUCCCCGGAGCUCACAGAGUCCUGCGCCACGGAAGGGAUGAAGUCGCUGCACAUGGCCUCCAGCAAGGACACCGUGGUGCCUUUGGAGGAAAGCAAGCGCCUUGCGGCCCGCUUUUCCAAUGCCGAAUGGCUGGAGCACGAGGCCGGCCACGUCUUCUCGCAGCGCUCGGAGGAUCUGCGCCGCCUGGGCGAGUUUCUGGAGCUCCGCCGGGAGCAGCUGCUGCCCGAGGAGCUCGCGAGUGUGGAGGAGGUCGAGGCAGAUGAUCGGCUGAGCCAAGAGCAAAAAGAUGAGGUUGAGGCCUUGGCCUCCAUCUUCAUGGAGGAGUUGACCAUCUUCAAGCCCACCUGCCCCGUGCGUCUCGCCGUCAAGGUCCUCCACGAGCGGGCCUCCUUGCGUUUCUUUUUCCCGCCUUUGUAUCCACAAGUGCCCUGUGUCUGCGACUUGGAUUCCGAGGAUUUGGGUGUCCAACUGCGCCGGCGAGAGCUCUUAGAGGCGGUCGAAGCCGCCCGGGAGCCAGAGGGCUUCCCGAGUGUCAUGGCCAUGGUGCAGGAGGCACAACGAUGGAUUGAAGAGCACGGGGUCACAAUCGAUCAAGGUCUUCCAAGCGAUGGCACUGCAGAAGAGGACGAACCUGCAGAAGCCUGGUGGCUUUGUGAAGAUGCGCAAGUUGACCAAGAACUCCUGACCCAAGCAGAGAAGAAGGCCGCCGAGCUUUUGCCGGACGGCAGCUCUGGCAGCAGAUCCUGGGCGCGACAGUGUGGCGCCGGCGCCUACGGAAAACCAUGGCGCUUUACAGUGGGCUUGGUGGGGAAACCCUCAGCAGGAAAGUCGACGCUCUUCAACGCGGCCACACGUUGCGAAAAGGAAGCAGCGAUGGCUCCACAUCCUUUCACGACCAUCGACCCCAACGUGGAGCCCGGCUGGUUUGCUGUGCCCUGCCCCUCCGUGACGCUCCAAUGCCAGGACGAGUGCGAACCAGAGCAUGGACGGGCCGACCGUGGGCAGCGGCGCUUUCCGCUGCUGGUGAAGGAUGUGGCUGGACUGGUGCCAGGUGCCUAUUUAGGCUAUGGCCGUGGCAACGCCUUCCUCAACGACCUCCUCGACGCCGAUAGCUUGGUGCACGUGGUGGACGCCUCCGGGCGCAGCGACGCCGAAGGCGUGGACCACGGCAAGGCCGGCAAAGGGCAUGAUCCAUUGAAGGAUGUGGAGUGGGUCCGGCAAGAGAUCCACAUGUGGAUAUUCUGCAAUGUGCGCGCGAAGUGGCACUCGGUGCGUAAGAGGGCAAAAUUCGCCCCCCUGCAGCCUUUGGCGGCCGAGCGGCUCUUUGGACUCUUCACAGGCUACCAUUGCUCCCAACAGCUGGUUGCACAAGUCUACGAAUCCACGGGCCACCGCAUCGCCACACUGCCCCAGGACGUCCUGAACUGGAGCGAAUUCGACCUUCAUUUGCUGGUCGCUUGCUUCCUUCGGGUCCGCUUCCCCAUCGUGAUCGCUUUGAAUAAGGCGGACACGGCAGAAGCUCAAGAGCACAUCGUGAGAGCGCAGGCUGCCUUGGGCAAUGCUGUGGCAGUGUCCGCGCGCAGUGAGCUGUGGCUGCUGCAGCAGCAACGGAAAGGUCAUCUGACCUAUCUCGAAGGCGGAGGCCCCCAGUCCAUCGCAAUCACCGAGCAUGCACCUGAAGAUGUCCGCGACCAGGUGUCUCAGCUUCGGCAGAAGGUGCUGGAGGUUUAUGGCUCCACGGGUGUCAUGGAGGUGCUUUCGCGCGCGGUCCUGCAACGGAGCCCCGUGUUUUGCUGCCCCGUGAGCGAGUUUACCACCCUUCAGAGCUUGUCCAGCGGUGGCUAUUCGACCAAGUCGAAGUUAGUCACGAUGAUGAUGUUGCGACCUCUCUCCACAGUCGAGGAGGUUCAUGCGGCCUUGAAGAAUGAGAAGCUCGUCCGGGGAGACCUCGUCCGAGCGGAGAUGCUUCACAUCUCCACUGGACAGGUGUCGGUGCUCCGGCGGGAGGAGGUGCUGAAGCCGGAGGGCGCGCAGGCUGCGACCUUCGUGUUACGCAUCCUCACCAACAAGAAGGCGAAGUGAACGCCGCCUCACGCCGUGAACGCCUCACCGAACAGCGAUGAAAGGAGUCCGAGUGCAAACCAAAACCACCGUUUCUGGACAUGUGACGAAAUGGAAACAGAGCAAAUGCAUUCUGAAUCUCUGAAUUUCGGAUGUGUUUUGAUGUCUUGCAGCUGGGUUAGCUGUUUGAGCUGCCUCCAUACACUACGU